AUGGAGGAAUUCGAAGCCGUGAGGAGAGAUGGCGAGUCGGGCGGGUUGGGCUUGGGAGGGCUGCUCGGCAUUGCAUUAGGCGGCGGCAUUCUGCUCUUCACCACGGUCGGCAUGCUCAUGGCCUGGAGGAUCAAGGCCCGGCAGAAUAAGUCACCGGGGAGAGCAUAUGCGAUUCCAGACGAGUUUUCGCAGACGCGUCUAACGAAACGCUCACUUCUCAUGACCGAGUCAGCGGUUAGCGGAUUCUCCAGCCGAUUCUCGAGCCGGCUCUCUCUCACGCUCCCUCCGAUCAUUCCUUUACCACCCAUGCCGUCGUAUAGCUCGUUCAGCUUUUUCUUCCGAACGCCCAGCCGAAAGGAGAAGGCCGGUCGCCGAAGCUGGGUCGGUGGAGACGACUUCCCCGGACCGCCGGUCAACCACAAGAAUGCCAGGGGGGGGGUUUUCAGUCGCGAUGGUUGGCUAGGCCAUGUGCCUACCGUGCCGAGCAUGACUAGCAUCGCCGAUCAAGAGGAUCAUAUUUACGACAAGGUGUCUGAGAGUACGCAUGUGAGGAAGAACCAUGCGCAGCGGCCAUAUUACGAGGAGUAUCGGAAGCAGCAGCAGAAGCAGCAGCAGAAGCAGCCCGAGAAGUGCCAUGUGCAAAAUCAACAGCGGUUCCAUGCACAAACGGACCGAGUCGUCAGCAAUUUUCAAAAUAGCAAGACGGCGCCGAAUCUUGGAUCUCCGGGUGAUUUCCCUCGUGGUCGACCAUCUAUUAUAUGUGUGCCCGCUCAGGCGCACAUUCGACCUUCCAUCACAAUGACAGACCUUGACCUAAGGAACAUCUUGCGCUCCACUGAUGAGCGGCUCCGGGAAGGGCACAGCCGCUCACCUACUAAACAGCCCGCUCAACCGCCGUCUACUUCUGGCUCUCCUGUCAAGACGCCUCGGGCACGUUAUUCAAGCUCGAUCCGGAAAGUGGAACGACGGCAUGGCAAACAAACUCCGAGUACUCCGAGUCCUGCCAAGGGUGAGCCCAUGAGCACUUCGCCAAGGAAAGCCUCGGUGGCCUCCAUCAGCAGCGCUGCAACCAGUCUGAUAGCAGAAGCAACGCACCAGCUUGAGCUUCUUGGCGGCAUGUGUUCCCCAAGCCGGCCGCGAGCUCGGGAGUGGGAGCCCCGGGAGAAGCAGAUCCUUUCACCGAGCGCACCGGGACUGGCGAGCCCGCUCUUCACGCCAAGCCACAGUCCCAAGAGGAGCCCGCAAACGAGCCCGCGGCGGAACGCGCAGCAAGGGAGUCCCCAGCGACCGAGGUCAAGGGAUAGCGAUCGGUCCAGCUCCUUGUCGACACUGUACAGCGUGGGCGAGCCGGAGAGCGAGAAAGCUGAUGCGCAGGGGCGACAGCGCGUUGGCAAGGGACGCCACAGCAGGCAAGAGCUUGAGCAGCAAAUACUUUCCGCGGCAGGAGAUCAAGAUGACCCCUUUGUGGAGAACAGGCGCGGCACAGCGAGCAUGGGGGGCGAAACCCUGAGCGGACAACCUCGCCGGCCUCGACCGUUGCGAGUCAUCAAAAGCAUGAGCCCGAGCCACUUUGUGACGGCAGGAAACGAAUCACUUAUCCCCCGACCUCUACGACCAAAGUCAGCCAUGGCGAAAGGCGUCGCCGGUCGGGGAUUCGACGCGGGACUGGGACCGCCUGGCCCUCUGGUUCUGCAGCCUCUUGGCGCGCGCCACUCUCUUGAGAUGCCACCAAAGCGAGAGCAACACGUGGAAAGGGGUCAGACGCCGCAGGCUGCAUCGAGGUCGAGCUUCACAUCGGCAUAUAUUCCUAGUCAAGAACCUGAAGCAAAGGCCAUGCUUGCUCGCGAGGUGCGAGACCCAGUGUGGCAGCGAGAAUCAAACGCUGGUAGAACAUGCGCUGCAGGCUCGCCUCCGCCUAUACCUACCAGGCAUGGUGAUAGGCGCUCGGCCAUGUCGGCAUCGCGCUCUAGCCGAAAGGACGUCCCGUCCAUGAUCUUGGCCAACGACGCUCAACGACGGGCUCCUUCUCACCGUCCGCAGGCAACGGCAUCAGCACCAGAUGGCCCCGUCAUCCCAGCCAAACUCUCGCCACGGCGCUCGGUCCACAGGUCCUCCGGUGGCAGGUCUUCGCGGCGCGGCAGCUCCGGAUCCAGCCCUGGCUGCUCUUCAUCGACCGGCGUGCCAGUUCGCCGGGUCACAAGCAGUCCCUCCGGAGACGCCCCUGCGCUGGGUACCACAAUCGCCGAGCUGAGACGAAUGAACAGCGUCGUCAGCUCGAAUAGCGCCACGUCAAUUGCCUCGUCCACGGUGCUGGAAACAAGGACAGAUGCAGCUACGCGCACUCGUUCGACGUUCAAUGACAAGACGGUCUCGCCUCGACAAGUGCCUAGACCACCACCGGCCGCCAUUGGAAUGAAGCAUUACCUCAACAUUGGCAACGCGAAUGCCGAAAUCGAUAGGCACAAAUCCAUGAUAAGCCUGCCCAGGACCGUCCCAUCUCCCUCUUCUUCCUCGCCAAGCAAAAGACCCCAAAGCGCUGGCCCUUUGAAAGCAGGCUCUCCCGCGGCCAAGGAGCGAGGCAAGGAAAACUACAGCUCAGGCGUCAGACAGGGUAGACAAGAGGAGCUGCCUCGCCUGAGAGAAGUGCCUCAGAGCCCUGUCCGGUCGCCCAGAGAGGUUUUCAAGCCAAAAUUCACCAUUGUGGCGAGGUCUCCCCCUCCCAGGGGGGGGAGCAGAGCGUUGAAGCACGGCGCCGUGGCAAACCUGCUCGGUCACGAGCAACGAGGAGACGCAGGAUGCAGAGACAGCGCAGGAAGCUUGGGAUUGUAUGAUAAGGACGGAUUUUUGUUGCCUUCCCCGGAAAGAGAGACGAGGAAGAGAAGCCCGCGAAUGUGA